UCCAUUUGCUGAUGUGAUCCAUGCCGCUGCUUGCUACUAUUUACUGUAAUUUUAUAAGGAUUUCUUAUUGCUGUUGUAAUAAACGACUGAUUCUCGAGCGUUCCAAGAUAAAUUGUAAGUUAUUGGUUGGGUUUUCCUAUGAAUAAUAACCUUGCCCGAACAGUAUCUGGUCUGCGCUGUGGAGCCGGUAACCCGUUAAUUUAUAAGCUUCCCUAUCCAAUCCGACGGUGAAUACGAGACCCGUCCGUGAUCCAUCUCUGAACCAAACAAAAUACGCACAUCUGUAUCUUUUGCUAGCAUCCCGCUGCCGCCGCCGCUCGCUAUAGACUCUAGGUUUGUGAUACCAAUCUGUAUCCGUGCGUCGUCGAGGAUAAUUUGAAGUCAUGAUUGGGAGAACUACCUGCAGCCAUUUUGUGGUGGGAAACCUGAUUCAUAUGAAGUUAAUGUGAGCAACCUCUUGAAACCAGCGAGACUUAGGUCUAGCUUUUACAGACAAUGGAUCGCCGUGAUACUUCUGGAUUUGUGAGUGGGGGUUAGGUUGUGCUCUUUCAGAGACUUCUAACCCUAACAUUGUAGCUAAAUCUUUUAUAACCGGAAGCCAGGCAGACUGUAGCUACAGAUACUUGAUUCUAGUAAGGGUGUUGUCUGAUGGAUGAGAGAUUGCACAACCUGGUAUUUUCUGCAAGCCCACAAUCAAAUGCAUUCGAAAACAUGUGCAAUUCCAUCCAAGUUGGUGGAACUGGAGAUGUAGUAGUGUACUCUGCUGCUGACACAACUUUACGACUCAAUUCACCUGGAUUUGUAGCCUCCUUCCCAUCUGCACCAAAGGGAGUCAAAAGAAAGUGGAACUUUGUAAAUGAUCUGGCAAAUCAGAAUGUUAAAUCUUCAUUAGGCCUUGGCCUUGGUCACUCAUCAAGUUCAUCAGACAGUAAAGGGAGUUUACGAACUGCGUGUGCUUCAGUAUCCUCCUCCAAGGAGACUGAAGAAAAAUCCUCAAUGGAUAUAGAGUUGGACUUCACACUUCAUCUUGGCAGUGAUAAAUCAUCAGACACCGAGAAGUCCGCCAGCUCUAAGUUGAAAGUAUUGAAUAAGUGGCCUAAGGUUGAUUUGCAAUUGAGCCUUUCCAGCGGGCCUACCUUGUCUGAUGUUUCAUCUGUCCAUCCAGGUACCACUCCGCCAAAAAGCUUGACCACUUUGGUUCACUGUGGUGGUUUAAGCUUGAGUGAAGGAUCAGCUGGAAAUCCCCUUGUGCCAUUUCAGACUGCAUCCUAUACAGAAAACAUUUACUUUCUAAACCAAUCCAUUGGUCAAGCAAAGCCAACAUCUCCAGGUCUCAUCCCAAGCAUUACAACAACACCAAAAAGCUCAGUCACCUGUACUUCCGGGGUAACACAGUUGAAGCAGCAGCGGAGUAACUGUACCAAACAAUGUCAAUUUCAAGGAUGUUUGAAGGGGGCUAGGGGGGCAUCUGGUUUUUGCAUUGGUCAUGGAGGUGGUCGAAGGUGUCUUCGCUCUGGCUGUGACAAAGGGGCUGAGGGUCGAACUGCAUUCUGCAAGGCUCAUGGUGGCGGCCGAAGAUGUGAAUUUUUGGGAUGUACAAAAAGUGCUGAAGGGCGUACAGAUUUCUGCAUUGCCCAUGGUGGUGGUCGGCGUUGUAGUAACAAGUUAUGCACCCGUGCUGCCAGAGGGAAAUCUGGAUUGUGCAUCCGGCACGGCGGAGGCAAGAGAUGCAAGAGAGAACACUGUAAAAAGAGUGCAGAGGGCGUUUCUGGUCUCUGCAUUGCACAUGGAGGUGGUCGUCGAUGUCAGUAUCUUGAAUGCAACAAGGGGGCUCAAGGAAGCACAAUGUUUUGCAAGGCACAUGGUGGUGGAAAACGUUGCUCAUAUCCAGAUUGCAAGAAAGGUGCAGAAGGAAGCACCCCCUUCUGCAAAGGGCAUGGAGGCGGGAAACGAUGCUCAUUUCAAGAAGGUGGUGUUUGCCCAAAGAGUGUGCAUGGUGGAACCCUUUUCUGUGUGGCACAUGGGGGUGGUAAAAGGUGUGCAGUUCCAGGGUGUACAAAGAGUGCCAGGGGGCGAACGAACUUCUGUGUUCGUCAUGGUGGGGGCAAGAGAUGCAAAUUUGAAGGGUGUGGAAAAAGUGCUCAGGGAAGCACUGAUUUUUGUAAGGCUCAUGGUGGAGGGAAGAGAUGUUUAUGGGGUAACCCUGGUUCUGGAUUUGGUCAAGGUGACAUUCCUUGCAGCAUAUUUUCUAGAGGUAAAAUGGGACUAUGUGCAUUACAUGGUGCCCUUGUUCAGGAUAAAAGAGUUCAUGGUGGUGAAACUAUGGGAAUUGCCACCCUGGAUUCUAAAUCCCAAAACCAAAUCUUUUCUGCUGAAGACCUGAAUGUGGAUACUCCGACGUUUGAGAGUAACAUUGUGAGUUCAAUCAGCAAUUAUCAUGGUCAAAAUCUUACUUCGUUGCCAAUUGGAAGCAACCCUUCAUCUAGUAAGGUCCCAGAAGGUAGGGUGCAUGGAGCUAAUCUUAUGGCAAGGUUUGCAUGCAAUUCUGGCUACAACUUUUCUAGCAGCAGAGUCAUUUUUGGUUCGUCCAUGCCAGAGAAGACUAUGGAAGCUCCACAGAACUGGAUGUAAGGCAGAACCCCUAGUUUGCCUUGGUCUUUUCUCAGAUGCACUGUGAUUGGGCAUGUAACUUCUAUUGUUCCAUUUGAUGUUGUCUGGUAUUUUGCAUUUUAGACUUGUUCUAUUUUUAACAUUAUGGAUUUGUAGAUGUAGUGUGGCAAUAAGGGGAAGUUAUUUCUGCUUGAAUGUGCUCCCAUUCCAUGUAGAUAGUCACAGUGCAUGAUAUUGCUUCUUGUGCUGUUUUGUUGGGUCGAAAUGAUAUUUUGUUGUAGAAAGAUAAACUUGCAUCUCUUCUUGUAUCUCCUAUAGUUUUGAAUAAGUUUCUCUUCAUCUUA